CAAGCAUUAGGCUCAAGGCAUCUUGGCCCGAAACGCGUGGCUAGCAAGAUCUGGAAGAUCGUUCGUUCAUUCAUUCUUGGAAACAUCGAUGGCCAGCGAUGCCGACUCUGCAUGGCUGUUCCCACGAUGGCUGUGGAUGCCUUUGCCUUUUUUGCUCGUCAUCUGGAGCAUGUCCAUAGUGAAUGCCGGCAUUCUUAGUUUUUCGGUUAGCCUUACUGUUGUGCCAAACGUCAUGAAUCGUUCAUUUUGGAUUAUAUGUCCUGUGCCUGGCGUGCUUUUGUGGCAGCAUUCGUUGUAUGUCUUGGCCUUCUUGCCUGGUAAACUUGUAUGGGAACGAGCUCUUCAGAGUAUUGUCCAGUGGGCAGCCCCAUCCAAGCGACGGUUGACUCAUGCUGGUUUUGGCAUGCUCGAAUUGGCAUAUCUUUGCGUAAACAAUUUUACCGAGUUGACUGUGAUACUACAUUCUGUUGCGUUCGCUAUUUCUGAUGAUGUUUCCAAGCAUCCAUCCGACAUCGGCUUCUGGAACACGAUCGCCUCUUUCGCGAUUUGUUUUUUGGGCUUCGACUUCCUGUAUGCCUUGUGGCACAGGGUCAUGCAUCAACCAUGGCUCUACGCGUGGGUGCACAAGCAUCACCAUCAGCAGGUCGCACCGCAUCGCGGAUGGUACGACACGGCGAGCAUGACUCCUGCAGAACACUGCUCCACGCUGCUGAUCUUCCUCAUGGUGCCUCGGAUCUCGGCCAGCAUAGUCGGACUCCACGCCGUUGCCUACGCGGUAUUUGUUCUCUUGUGGUACUCCCUGGAGGUGGCCAAUCAUCUGCCGAACGAGCUGUCGAUCAGAAUGCUCGGCUAUUCCUCGUCGGCACAUCACGCGCACCACAGGCACUUGACUUGCAACUACGGCACUUUGUCAUGCUUUGCAGACAGAGUAUUGGGGUCAUUCAGGGAACAUCGGAGUCAGUGAAGAUAUUGCUCCGCUAGGCGCUCACUCUGUCAGCGGCGGUUACAGCUCCUCUCGGUUUCUGUCCUCUUUGGGCCUCCUUGUCGGCUUAAUUAUUUUGCGAUGGCCAUGUGCGUCAACAGUGUAGAGGACCAGCACGCGCAUCACCAAAUCCAUAUAGCAUCGCAGACUUGGUCCCAUAGGUAUGCCUUCGGCAAGGCAGAGGCAAAUAAUUGAGAUUCUGUACUUGUUGCCGGCAGAUGGCAGUGCGAAAGCCUCAC